GGUUCCUGGCGACCGAUUGGACACAUGAGACCAUCAUCACCAUUGUUGGACUCGGUGCGAGAUCAGUUUGAAGACUAUGAUCAACUCGCAAAGGACUUCACUAGAGUGUUCCUUAAUAAUUCAGCGAAUAUGACGCUAAACGCCAGUCUUUUCGACGUGUCCUUCCUCGUGCCGGGACAGCAAAAACAAAAAGUCCGAUUCAUCGGCGUUAGAGCAAUUCUAGCAGUAAGAAGCAGAGUGUUUCAAGAAAUGUUAUACGGAAUUCAAGCGGGCUUCGGAAGCCCGCAAGUACCAGUUGCUGAAUUACUGGCAAGACCAGCGCCGACAUUGCUUAGCCCGCAGAAGCCGAAGAGUUCGAAUUUCCUUCAAGUUCCCGAUAUGGAGAGUCCUAGGUACGUUUUAAUAAUUAAGAUCGUUGUUGUUAUUGUUGUUAUUUCGGAAUAUUUAUUUAUUAGUCUCAUGAAUCCAUGAAUUCGAAAUUGUUGAUGUCGAAGUUUGCUCGUUAAAGUGACAUAUUGCGUCAUUACGAAAACGGAUAACUUCGAGAUCAAAGUCGUUAGACAAAUCUGCAAAAUACGGUUGCAAAACUGAUUGGCGAAUUGAGAGUUCGCUUAGGACAUUGGCUACGGACUUAAUAGAAUCUCAAUCGAAGAUCGAGCAAGAAAAAUAUCUUAUGCGAGAUAGAGAUUGGAUUUCUCUAAUGAGAGUAGAUUGGAAAUCUCGCUUGAACGGUGAGACUAAUGCCUGCGAUUCUCAGUGUCGAAUGUUUCUUUCGUAUUUAUAUCGUUACUUAAUCGUAAUAUAUGUAUCUUUUUCACGGCACAUCCAUGUCUCCUAUCCUCACGGCACCGCAUGAUUACCUUGUAACCUUUUUGUUUAUUACCGUAUGAUGCAAAAAGUAUAAAUUUAAUCAAACCAUGUAUCGUGUAUAUUGAAC